UAUUUUAUGCGGGAGAAAGAUCCAAUAUCAUCGACUGAAAUUCAAAUUAUAGCGAGCUUGACCUCUUUGUAUUUACACAAUUUUCAUCUCCAGUUGAAAUUUAUUCCAUCUUUUUUGAAAUCCAGAACUUUGGUUGAAUUUAGUGUUGAAUCAACAUGUCUCUGAGGCCAAAUGGAAGGAUUGAAGCCAGAAAGAAGAUGGGGUACAAGGUGUCUGUGGACAAGGAGGAAGGCCGCAGGAAGCGCGAGGAGAACAUGGUUGAGAUACGCAAGAACAAGAGAGAGGAAAAUUUGAUUAAAAAGCGCAGGGGAGGAAUUGGAGACCCUCUACUGAGCAGAUUGGACACAUUUUCAUUAUGGGCAACUGCAAUAAUGUCCCAAAGUGUAGCAGCACAGCUAGACGCUACCAUCCAAUUUCGAAAUUCUUUAUCUGCUUUGGCAGAUCCACCAAUUGAUGAAAUAAUCAAGACGGGAGUUGUGCCUUAUUUUGUUAAUUUUCUGAGAAGGAUUGAUACACCCCAACUUCAGUUUGAGGCAGCUUGGGUCUUAACAAAUAUUGUAUCCGGUACAUCAGAACAGACCGGUGUUGUAGUUGAGAGUGGUGCAGUUCCUCUGUUUAUUGAGCUUCUCUGUAAUCCCAGCGAUGAACUGCGUGAGCAAGUUGCUUGGGGUUUAGGCAAUAUUGCUGGAGAUUCUCCCAAAUACAGGGACAUUGUACUCAGUAAUGGAGGUAUGACAAAUUUGCUCACCCUUUUCAACGAGAAAACCACAAUUGUAAUGCUGAGGAAUAUAACAUGGACCCUGGCAAAUUUUUGCCGUGGCAAGCCACGUCCUCCUUUUGAGCAGUUAAAGACUGCCAUUCCAGUUCUGAAGUGGCUUCUUCACAUCGCUGAUGAAGAUAUAUUGGCAGAUGCUUGCUGGGCUCUUUCAUAUUUAUCUGAUGGAGAUAUUAAUGAGAUUGAGGCUGUUAUUCAAGCUGGUGUCUGUGGAAAGCUUGUAGAGAUUUUAAGGCAUCGUUCAUUAGCUCUCAUAUCUUCUUUGAGGACAAUAGGCAAUUUGGUCACUGGCAAUGAUAGACAAACUCAGCAUGUUGUAGACAAUGGAGCCCUUCCAUGUCUCCUCCCACUUCUCACUUAUGAUAACAAAAACUAUAUUAUAAAGGAGGCAUGUUGGAUAAUCUCCAACAUUACAGCAGGGAACCAGGAUCAGAUUCAGGCUGUUAUUAAUGAGGGCCUGAUUCCUCCACUUCUAUGGUUGAUAACAAAUGCAGAGUUUCAGAUAAAGAGGGAGGCAGUUUUUGCAAUUACUAAUGUCACUUUACGUGGAACCCAUAAGCAGAUAGAGUACUUAGUAACUCAAGGUUGUAUGGAACCUCUAUGUGAUCUUCUUAGUUGUCCAGACUCAAAAAUUGUGACAAUAUGCCUGGAGGGUCUGGAGAAUAUAUUGAAAGUUGGUGAUAAUGAAGGAGAUAUUGAUAAGUAUAUCAUCUUACUUGAUGAAGCUGAUGGACUGGAUAAAAUUGAAGCACUUCAAGAACAUGAAAAUAGCUAUAUUUAUGAGAUAUCGGUCAGGAUCCUUGAGAAGUACCUAGCUCCUGAUGCUAAGGAUGAAGGUGAAACAAAUCCUGGUAUAGAUAUCGAAGAGUUUGAUCCUUGAAAUCAACCUUCUACAAGUUUCAAGUUUGACUGAAGGCACUGGAGAGGUUUGUUCUAUAACAUAUACUCAUCCCACCAGAAACAACUCUAGCAUUUACUUGACCCAUAUUGACUCAUUCUUUUGGUUAUACUGGUGAAUAUUGACCCAUAUUGACUCUUUUUUUUUUGUUAUACUGGUGAAUAUUGACCCAUAUUGACUCAUUUUUUGGUUAUACUGGUGAAUAUUGACCCAUAUUGACUCAUUUUGUCUUCCUAUUUUUUUAAAGCAGAUAUUGACUUGGUCUAUGUGAGAUACAGCCUAUACAGACAUUUAAAUUCAGUUACUAUUUUUCCUCCAUUUAUUACAUAAUUUUCCGAUUUCAGAGCA